UGUCAAACUGAAAAAGUGUAAACAAACCGAUUUUUGUUAAAUCUGAACGUAAGGCCAAUUAAUUUUCAAAAAGACGAAUUAAAUUCCACUCGUUGGCAAUCGACACAGAAUGGAUUCAAUUUGUCGACUUUGUUGCACGUAUUACGACGUACCAAAAAUGGAAAAUUUAUUCGCCGGCAAAAACAAACAUCUCCUGGACAAAUUGCAUUAUUUCGCCUGUUUCACAUUCCGUAUCGAUGUGAACGAUGGUUUUCCACCCUACAUUUGCAUUCCCUGCACGGAACUGCUGCAGGCAGCCUAUGAAUUCAAGAUGAUAUGCGAAUCGGCAGAGGCUAAUUUUUGGGCGCUGAGUCAAUCGAACAUUACAAUGCAGACGGAGGUCAAAUAUCAAAUUGAAUUAGAGGAUUGUGAACGAGAUUGUACGUUGAAGGAUUUGGAAGUGGAAUUUGAUUCCAACGCAACGGGAAAAACCACGACAAACGGCGACAAUGAAUUCGAAGUCUUAUUCACAGACGGCUCAGAUGACAGCGGUGAGGAAAAGCCGAACAAAUCGGAUCUCAACAUUCACACGAAUGUCAUCGGAACAAAUCAAUCGGCAAUUCCAAUUCACAUUGAAAUGCGUAAAAUAUGCACAAAAGCUACCGGUUCGACGUGUGACACUUGUGGCGAAUUAUUUCGCCGUAAACGAGAUCUAAAACGACACAUAAAAGAAGCGCACCAGUCGAAGAUCGUACGCGAGAAAUCAUGGAUUUGUGAGAGUUGCGGGAAAAACUUCUGCUCACAAUUCGCCCUGAAAUAUCACAUUAGUGGCACGCACGUCGACACUGUCGAUAAGAACUAUUCGUGCGAUCUGUGCGACUUUAAAUGUCGUCAAGCCCGAUACUUAGUGUCGCACACUCUAAAACAUACCGGUGCCAAGCCACACAGAUGCAAGGAAUGCGGUCAAGCGUUCGGAUUCCAGGGAAGUCUGAAUCGUCACAUACAAGCGGUGCAUCGAAAUGCAAAACCACAUCAGUGCACAAUCUGCGACCGUUACUUCAAAAAUAAGGUCCAGCUCAGGGAGCAUGGGAACUUUCAUUCUGACCAAUCGCACGAAUGUCCGCAAUGCUCUAAAACGUAUCGCUACAAAAAUAAUCUGCGAAGACACCUGAGACAGUCCCAUCGAAGUGUUACGCAUUCACCGGAGAGCUAGCUUGUCGGGUAAAAAUUUGGGAAUUCUUGUGCAUGAUUUCAGAAAAAUAAAAGUGAAAUUCGCAAC